AUGGAAUAAGAACCAAAGUGUGCCCAUAAUGGGUUGCGAUUUAAUGGAGGUGCGAGAUUAAGUUAGACUUAGGCUGUGUGCCAGGAGCCCUGGCACUUAUGUGUUUGCCUUUUGCUGAACGCUUUGACGUGAUGUGUUUCACUCUCUGUGCCGUACCCGCUGUUGGCCUGUUCACAUUACUGAUACGCCGCGCUCAUGCUGAUUUAGUGAUCGUCUGCUGUCGCGGAUCUUCUCGGGCUGAUCACGUAGGUUUUUCCUGCCUGCUGUCUUCGCAUGUCCACCUCUUUUUGUUCUUCGUUACUUGAUGUCCUGGUUAGCACGGCGGUGCAUGAAGGUGAGACCUUCCGUUACGUGGGCUCCCGGGAUGUUCUUCGCCAUUGGCCAUUCGGGUCAUUCCUGUAACCAUAGUACCAGGGCUCUCGGGCGCGAUCAGAUCAAGAACCCAACACCAGCUUUCUAUACCUCUGUGGGACUACAGAGGGCUGGGCUUCCUUUUCUUCUCGGCCCUCUAUAUAGGGGCAUGCAUUCGAGAAUUAGGUCGGAAUUCCUUGACCCGUGCUCUGUUCACACCGCCACGUACAACCGCCCCCCAGUAGCUUCAGCAGUUCUCCAGAAGUCCCGAUGCGAUUCUGGAGUGUCUUUGCCUUCACAAUCUCUCUACUUCCCAAAGCUGCAGCUGAUUUCCACGUUGGCUCAGCCCGUUGCACGCUGUCCCUGCCAAACACUGCGGCUCAGGAAGCCGAGUUUGGGGUCAUCAUCCCGUGGAACCUAGACGGUUGUGUAGGUGCAACGGCCUCGUACUUUGGUCAGGGCGUGCAACCUGGACCUGGAAUGACUAUGACGGCUUGCGGUGCUUGGAUUACGGUUCUCAACAACCAAACAUGGCGCAGCUCGGAUGGGGAAACCGGGCUUUGUUAUCCGGCCGCGGUCAUCACGGCGUGCUCGAAUAAACCCUACGAAAAUUGUAUAUAUUCCGAUUGGGUGUGGUGUGCGUCGAGCUUGUGCAACUAGAAAGGGAAGUUGGCCUCAGGAUCUGGGGCAGUUGGCAUGUUGCAACUCAAGUAGGAAUUACAGUGUGUGCUACAGCCGAUUCCAAAAAAAAU